UGUCUUUAAAACCAGACAUUUACGGCAAGGUCGAAAUCGUCAUUGGUGUAGGUAGAAUUUCCUUUCCGCCAACGUUACCAGACCUAUGCCUCCCCUCCGCGGCCAACGGAUUUAAGCGUGAAGAGGAACGUUCGUAAGAAGUGCAACGGUUCAUUAUAAAAUUGCGUGAAACGUGAAAUACCGUGCGAGUUUUCAUAUUCGCGUAGAACGGGGUAUGCACCGCUUGUGACAUAAGGACGGUUCUAAAUUUGAAAUUUUAUUUUUUUAAGUUCCUUUUUAUAGUGUUUUGUGUUGCCUGCCAGUGUUUUUGAUGAAGCUGCCUUUUGGAAUAGUGGUUGAAUGAUUCGCCGCCAUGAGCCUGUCAAACAGCCGCAAUCAGUUCCUAGCCUUCGAAUCCCACAACCAAGACAACAUCCAAUAUGAAAGAAAGGGAGGCAUCUUCGUCACUACCUGUAUUUGCGUCUCUCUCAUAAUCUGUGCAUUCCUAGUCGCGAUCCUGGUCGGCGUAAUAGUGUACUUUAUUACAUACUUUAAGUUGUCACAAUCAGUCAGCACUGAUGACUUCUGGAAUGAAGCUGAACCAUUUGGUCACAGUGGACCACCGUCUCCCGACCUCCGCCUUCCCUCGGCCGUAGUCCCCAGCUUCUACCGCUUGAAACUGAGAACGGACCUUGACAAUGCAAACUUCAAAGGAGAAGUGUACAUAACUAUAAAAGCUAAGAGCAAUGUUAAGGAAAUCAUCAUACACUCAAAAGGUUUAAGCAUUAAUGAUAAAGCCAAGCUCACAGAACAAACUUACCAGGAAAUUCCGACGCUACACAGAAAGAAACGGGAAGAACCUGCAGAACCCGCUACUCCUGCUAAUGAGACUGUAUCAGAGAACCCUACAGCUGCUACCACUGUUGCGAAUACUCUAAAUGUAACGAUAAAAGAAGUUGAAGCUCAGAAACCUAACGAAACACUACAGUUAACCAAUGAAACCACACACAUAAAAUUAAACACAAAUGUAAAUGAAACUGUCAACGAUGCACCUGCAAACGAAACUACAACACCACCACCAGAGAUCCCGAUUCCUAACAACACCGUUUACAAUACGGUCAUUAACAUGAACACUCAUGUCACUCACAGCAGUGCGAGGAACAUACAGAUUUUGUCCAUCACACAAGGCUCCGGAGACAGACUGAUUAUAAAAUUGGCUUCAUCGCUGAAACCCGAUGUGGACUAUGUUUUGGAGCUGAACUUUGAAGGGAAGAUCUCAGAUGCGAUGACUGGCUUCUAUAAGAGCACUUAUACCAGCAGUGACGGCCAAACCAGGAGUCUAGGGGUGACACAAUUCGAGCCUACGUCAGCUCGUGCGGCGUUCCCGUGCUUCGACGAGCCGGCCUUUAAAGCGAUGUUUGAGAUCAGUAUAGCGCAUGCGAGCAAUUUGACAGCCCUGUCGAACAUGAAAGUUUCGUCGCAGGAAGAUAUUCCUGAUUCUCCCGGUUGGAAGUGGACACACUUCGAGCGUUCCGUGAAUAUGUCAACGUACCUCGUGGCCUACAUCGUCUCUGACUUCCAAUCCGUCGAAACCACUUAUCUUAGCAAGGACAACAUAACCAAGCCAGUCCGCAUCUGGACCCGUCCAGAGCUGAUCAACAAGGCGAGCUACGCGCUCACAAUCACGCCGAUAUUGUUAGAAUAUUACGAGGAGGUGUUUGGACUGCCUUACGUUUUGGACAAAUUGGAUCUGAUCGCCAUUCCGGACUUCUCGAGCGGAGCUAUGGAGAACUGGGGACUCAUUACAUUCAGAGAAACCACGCUCCUCUUCGACCCGGCCGCGAGCGGCCCGCGCGACAAACAGAACGUGGCCAUCGACGUCGCUCACGAACUCGCUCACCAGUGGUUCGGCAACCUGGUCACUAUGCGGUGGUGGACCGACCUGUGGCUCAACGAGGGCUUCGCCACCUACAUCGAGUAUGUGGGGGUUGAUCAUAUCGAACCCGGCUGGAACAUGUUCGAGUCCUUCUCAAUCGACAAGAUGGAUCUCCUACGCUCCGACUCUCUCAAGAACACCUCGCCCGUCUCCAGAAAGGUCAUUGACGCCUCCGAGAUCUCGCAGAAAUUCGACGAGAUCUCCUAUACUAAAGGAGCUAAUCUUAUAAGGAUGUUGAACCAUACAGUGUCUGAAGAAUUGUUCCAUAAAGGGCUGAUGAUCUACUUAAAUCAAUGGACUUACACAAACGCGGAAGAGAACGACCUCUGGGCAGCGAUGUCGACAGCGGUCAAAUCCGACCCGAAUCUGGGACAGCUGUCCGUCGUGGACUUCAUGAACUCGUGGACCCGCCAAGCGGGAUACCCGGUCGUCAAUGUGAACAGGAACUAUGAGACGGGCGAUGUCAUGUUCGAACAGAAACUAUUCACAAGCUCAGAUGACCCGUACCAAGCCAUGCUCGACCAACUUUGGCACAUCCCUAUUAGCUACACGACGUCAGCUCAGGCCAGUCAGUCGGCCAAGCCACAAUUGUGGCUGAAAGAGCGCUCAGUCAUCGCCCACCUGUCUGUCAACAAUACGGAGGCGCUGUAUGUCAACGUUAAUGCUAUUGGCUACUACCGAGUCAACUACGACACCAAGAACUGGGAGCUCCUCGGCGCAGCCCUAAAAUCCGGCCACUUCAAGUCGCCAAUCACGAAAGCGCAGCUCAUAGAUGACGCGUUCAACUUGGCCAAGUUCUCCCAUAUGAAUUACAGCCAAGCGCUAGGGUUGACAACCUGCGUUAUAGAAGGCGAAGAUUCCAAAGUUGUGUGGGAACUGCUACUUAAUAAUAUGGGAUUUAUCAAAUAUAAUAUUAGGAGCUCUUCUGGAUAUGUGUAUUUCCAGGACUACAUGAAAAUCCUGCUCCAAAAGCAGCUCGAACGCCUCAACUUCGGUUUGAGCAAGCCCAAGGAUGACAACGAAGCGUUCCUGAUAGAGAGCCUCGUGAUGUGGGAGUGCGAGACGGAAGCCCCGCGCUGCCUCCAGUGGGCCCAGGACCAGUUCACCAACUGGUCCACUCAGGGGGACCUCAGUAACAACACCAUACCGGUCUACCUCCGUUCGCUAGUUUACAACAUGGCCAUAAAGAAGGGCGGUCGUCGCGCUUUCGAGUUCUUCUGGGACGCCUUCCAAAACGCCACGGAUCCUAACGUGAAGACCCUAAUUAUAAACAACCUGCCGUCCACUAGAGAUCCGGCUUUGAUCACACUACUCCUCGAAAGAAGUCUAAACGAGCUCCCCAACCAAUACGCGUCCACCGUAUGGGGCGUGGAACCCACCGUAGGAACCAGGAUCGCCCAAGACUUCUUGAUAAAGAACUUCGACGCCAUCUACAACAAGUUCACAAGCAUGGAUGAGUUCACGUUCCCGAGCAUACUGAGCGGCGCCUUCGGGUUUAUUACAAGUGAAGAUGAACUUAAUAAGUUAAAAUCAUUCGCGCUGCAACAUAAAGACAAGCUGAUGCCGGUAUCCCAGACGUUACAGAAAAUGAUGGACACCGCAAAACUAAGGAUCGAGUGGAUGAAACGACACGCGCCAACUGUCAAUGCAUGGUUCAAGGACUUUGUCACUAAUCACAAUAAGUCACAAGCAUCAGAAACGCCAAUAACGACCACGACAACGGCACCCAGUGCUGAAAACGCAACGCAAACCAGUAUCGGUAACGAUAUCGUUACCGCCAACAAUACCGGUAACGUACAGCAAAACGGUACCACUUUAGCGCCUGAAGCUAACAGCACCACAGCUGAGCCAGAGAUCUAAUAUAAAUAAAAUUAAAAUGUCACAAUCCAA